AUGGGCCCCGGUGAAUCCAAAAAGACGCUGGACAGCGCGCCGCCAGCUGCACGUUCUCGGACGGGGAGAUCAGACCAGGAACCGCCCGUCUAUUACAACUCGGAGCCAUCGAGUCAGCCGCCGCAGUACGCUAAGCCCGCGAACAAGGCGCCAGCUCAGUCCAAAACAGCUGCUAGACCCCAUGUCCAGCAUACAGGCAGCGGAGUACCAGCGGAAACUGUAGCUGCCUUCAUGGCGCCGCCUGACCUGGAGCCUGAGAUAAGAGAGAAAAAGACAUUGGGCGAACGAUGGAAAACCUUUGUCCGGAUUUGCACGUCGAGUGGGAGCUCUGCGGAAUGGAAUGUCUUCGGGUCAAGUGUGAGUGGUCGUGCAAAGAGAAGGUAG